AUGCCUUUAACCCGGGGCCAUGUACUAGUGAUCCCGAGGGCGCAUUACGAGAAACUUGGCGAUGUAGAUAUCAAAGUCAGCCGCGAGGUACGUAUUGAUCCCAUAUCGUUCACUUCUAUUCUUCCUGAUCCCCGAGCAAUACUUUUAAAUAUCCUAACAAAGAAAACUAACCACAUCCAGCUCGGCCAAUGGCUUCCCAUCCUCUCGCGCGUCGUCAUGCGGACCAUCUUCCGUGAAGACGACAGCUCCGAUUGGAACUGGAACGUGGUACAGAAUAACGGAAUCAGGGCCGCGCAACAGGUCCCUCAUGCCCAUUUUCAUAUCAUUCCAAGGCCGUCCUCUAAUCCGGCGGCUAAUGCUGCCAGGGCCAGCUUUGUGAUGUUUGGGCGUGGGCAACGGGAGGAGUUGGAUGAUGAUGAGGGGGAGGAGCUGGCCGGUUUGUUACGGGGGGAGUUGGCCAGCGAGGUUCUCAGGGUUAGGGAGAUGGGGGUGGACUUGGAGUGUGAGGUUCAUGGUGACGAUAGUCGGAGAGUGAAGGGGAAGCUUUGA